AUGAGCGGAAAUACCCUCCUGACACCCAAAUUCCCCGGCAAGGUCCUUCUCACCGUUGAUGACAUUGGGGAUCGCUUUUCUGACUUUCACAUAUUCGACACCCGAUACUCUCUUGUAGAAGAAAAGUAUGGUAUAAACGAGUACACAAAGGCCCACAUUCCAGGCGCCACCUUCGUGAAUGUGGACGAGUCCCUUACCGGGCCCCUCACCAACACCACCGCACGCCAUCCUCUGCCCGAUGUACAUGUGUUCAUCAAAUGGUGCAAGGCCAACGGCAUCAGCCCGCAAAAGCCAGUGCUCUGCUAUGAUGAUCAGUGCGGUGGAAUGGGGGCUUGCCGUAUGUGGUGGAUGCUGCACGCGUUGGAUGUGGAGGCGUAUGUGUUGAAUGGCGGCUUUGACGCGUACUCGGCGGCGCAGCUCCCAGUGGAAUCGGGCCCGCAGAAGAACAAGGCCCACCCAGUGGAGAGUUGGCCGUACGGCACUGUCUUUAAACGCGCCCUCACCAUUGACGAGGUGCCACCGAAUGCGUUGAUGGUGGACUCACGUCUGAGGGAUCGGUUUGCGACUACCGUGCGUCCAUACGCGCUGGACACUGUGCCGGGGCAUAUUGAGAACGCCGUGUGUUUGCCGUGGAACGCCAAUGUUGUGGUGGACGAGACGAGCAAACACCUCCGCACCGAUGAGGAGUGCCGCAGCAGUAUGCUCAAGGCCCUCAACAGUCUGUCUGCCUCGGGGAAGGUGGAUGUCUCCAAAUGUGUGUUUUACUGCGGCAGCAGUGUGACGGCGACAUUUAACAUUGCGCUGCUGUGCCACUUGGGGCUUGGCGAGCCGUAUUUGUACUGCGGCUCCUGGUCUGAGUAUGCGGGCCGCUUUGCCUUUGCGUUGGCCCGCCGUGCUGUGGAGGAGUACGGGAUGUAUUUCAAGAUGCUCUCAGCCAACCUUGGCCACAACCCAAAGGCGGCAAUGGGCACUUGUCGCGUUGUCGUGGAUGGAUCCGUGAUGGACGGCACAGAUGCAGAGGUAGAGUCGGCGGUGAAACACAUGCACGUUGGCGAAAAGGCAGAAGUGUAUUUUAAGAGCGGACGUACGGUUGUCAUUGAGGUGACACCGGCUGGACAGGAAAUCCGAGGUUAA